CCACUGCAGAAGGGUCUCCCUUACGACUUGGACCUAACACAACAACGUCAGCACUGGUUACUACUGGCCUCGUCAAUAACCCUUUUGAAGUUUAAGGAACUCAGCCGUCGCUUUGUCGACAGUUAUCAAAGUAAUCCAAGAAGAACCCCAUAAGAGAACAAUGGAUUUACACACACCCAAUCCGCCUCGACUGGGACGGACAAUACCCUCAGGAUGAAUGGAUAUACAAUCGCAAACUUUCAAAUUUGUGUGAGCCUAAAGGAUGCAUUCAGGGCUAGGAGUGUUCCUGCUCCUGGCCACGUCUAUUGCACAGGGCCCUGUCCCCGGGCCUUGUCUCUGUUCCGCCCUCUGGCCUGCUGGGCUCCUCUUGGUCAACUGCAGCGCCAUGGACCUCGUACAAGUACCUCAGCUACCGUCAGACACUAUAGAGCUCCACCUGCAGGAUAACCAGCUCACUGCAGUGUCUCCGGGCGCAUUUGACAGACUUGCGAGCCUGAGGAAGGUUUCGCUCUCUGGGAAUCGCUUCCACUGUGACUGUAGGAUCCAGUACCUGAGAAACUGGCUUCGACGAAACCCAGCCGUUGUAACCGGCGGCAGUCCUACGUGUGCCAGCCCGAGUUCCGUGGCGCUGAAGGAGAUCGUUUAUCUCGGGGACGAGCUGUUCAGCUGCUGUGCCGUUGAGCAAGGCUGUGGUGACGUAUUGUCUAACAGCCUGCUCGGGGCAAUACUAUGUUGCCUAAUCUUUCUGCUAUUGUGGUGCCUGAGACUGGCCAAGAACUCCACAUUCACCCUGGACAUAGUAAAUAAACAUUCAGGAUUUGGGGCUGACUCUUUGCGAUCCCAAAAACCCAAGCACAGAAGAAGGGUUCAGUGCGUCAACUCACAUGGCAAUGAUAACUUUACCGCCCCCCUCUGGACAGAUGAUCAUGAAACCAGAUAUAUAAAUAUGGAUUUAUUACCACAAAUAAUGGAUGUCCUGCACAAGAAACACAAUAAGAUAAAAGCCACAUGAUGUAAGACUGUAUUAUCAUAUUUUUUCUGGCAGUACAAACAAUGUGUUACAUGUCAAUAUGAUAUGUCAACAAUUGUAAGGUCAUUUAUUUGUUUGGAUGGAUUCUUUGACAAUUUUCCUUGUAAAAUUUGUUCAUCCUAAAAGCCAGUACUUUUUCCGAUUUUUUAUUUUUAUUUACAUAACAUGCAUAAUUAUCAAUCAUUAAAAAAUAUGCAUGGCUAAUGGUCCACUGAACAUACUGUAAGUCUUUAGAACAUAUCGCUAGACUAUUAAAUCCCAGCCAAUUACAUUUCUGUACAAGUACUAUUACAUAAAACAGAAAUUGUGCUUUAGCUACGUCCACAAAGAUUUACAUAGUUUAUUGGCUUUCAUAUAGCAUGUUAAUGUUUAUGAAGACUGACGCCUGUGCACCGGUUAAGGUAUUGAGGAUCAGACGGGGAUGCACAUAGUCGGUACAAUUGAAGGACAACAUUGCCAUCUGCAAUGGCAAACAGAUGAGCUUACAGUACACGCUGACAAUCAUGCAUAGUUAACAUGGGUUAAAAUGCUGAAUAAAAAUACAACAAUGAAAGUCAUCUUGACAAUAAAAGGUCAAACAAAAA